GUGCAGUCAGAACUCAGAUCAACUCCUCUACUGAAGCUAAACUCUAGCUUUCACUGAGAAAAAGAAGAAGAAAAAAAGCAAGACAGUGAGCAGAGCUCCGGAUUGACAAGAGAUCAACUUGAUCAGAAGACUUUCACGAGCUCAACCUCUGAGACGAAAGGACAACUUUCUCCGGGAAGACUUUGGAAGAACCAGAAUUUAUUAGCAAACACCUGAGAAGAUGUCUGCCGGAAUGACGAAAACCAUCUUGCUCCCAGUGCUGUGUAUCCUCUUCUCACACAUGGCGGUGGGUCAGGAGUGCACCGGCCAGUGUUCGUGCCCCUCUGCUCCCCCUCAGUGCCCCCCGGGAGUGAGCCUGGUGCUGGACGGCUGCGGCUGCUGCAGAGUGUGCGCCAAACAGAUGGGCGAGCUGUGCACGGAGAYAGACCUCUGCGACCCACACAAAGGCCUUUACUGUGACUUCGGUGCCCCCACCAACAGACGCAUUGGCGUCUGCACAGCCCAAGAGGGAGCCACCUGCGUGAUCGGAGGCAUGGUGUACAAAAGCGGGGAGACGUUCCAGAGCGACUGCAAGUACCAGUGCACCUGUCUGGACGGCGCCGUGGGCUGCGUCCCGCUCUGCUCCAUGAACGUCCGGCUGCCCAGCCCAGACUGCCUCAUGCCGAGACGAGUCAAGGUGCCUGGGAAGUGCUGCGAGGAGUGGGUGUGUGACUCUCCCACUAAAAACACUUUUGUGGGCUCUGCACUGGCUGCGUACAGAGAGGAAGAGACUUACGGUCCAGACCCAAAUAUGAUGAGAGAGAACUGCUUGGUUCAAACUACUGAAUGGAGUGCCUGCUCCAAAACCUGCGGUCUCGGAAUCUCCACCAGGGUGACCAACGACAACCGUGACUGCCGCCUGGAAAAACAYACCCGUCUGUGCAUGGUGCGACCGUGUGAGUCACAGCUGGAGCAAAGCAUCAGGAAAGGGAAAAAGUGCAUCCGUACACCCAGAGUCUCCAAGCCCAUGAAGUUCGAGAUCUCCGGCUGCACCACCACCAAGUCCUACAGGCCCAAGUUCUGCGGCGUCUGCCUGGACGGCCGCUGCUGCACCCCGCACAGGACCACCACCCUGCCCAUGGAGUUCAAGUGCCCCGACGGGCAAGUCAUGAAGAAGCACAUGAUGUUCAUCAAGUCCUGCGCCUGCCACUAUAACUGCCCCGGGGAGAACGACAUCUUCGAGUCGAUGUAUUACAAGAAGAUGUACGGCGACAUGGCGUGAACCCCAGGGAGAUGAUUCGAGCUUAUGACUUGAAAAAAACAGAACUCCAUCUCAAUUUGCAGCUCAAUAUAUAUGUGUUUUUUUAUGUUUUAUUUUAUUUUUGCCUUUUUUUUUUUCAUUUGUUAAGUAGCUCAGACACUUGGCUUGGUGUCUGUGAGUGUUGUAUGGCUGGUGCAUGGCAGCCAAUUAGACUCAGACAGAGGGUUGCCCCGCAGCUCCAAAAGAUUUCUGCACUAUAACUUUUAAUUUUUUUUUGUUUUUUGUUUUAAACGACAAACCUGCUGUCUGGUUUCCGCCCAUUCCGCAUGAUCCGACCGUUUUUUACUUUUAUGCUUAUUUAUACGUAGAAACGCUGACCUCCUCUCUAAACGAGAUGUUUGAAUUAGUCCAAGACCAGAGCUGUAAAACCUGAGCAGCUGUGUUGGGAGCAAACGGAUUACAGCAAGUCAGUGUUUCACAGUCCAAACAGGUCUGAAUGUGUCUGUGUGUGUGAGUUCAAGCCUUAAUGCGAGCCUUGUCUAUGUGUGUAUAUAUGUGUGUGUGUGUGUGCUUACAGAGUGGGGGAAAGGUCAGAGCUUUGGCCCAACAUGAGGACGAGAAACCAAGCAGCUCACUGAGUUUAGGGUUAGAUAUAAAACAGUUGCAAAGGCACUGAGAAAAAAAAGGAAAGAACAAUAAAACAUCGUAGCRGUUAUUAUUUCAGGUCAGAGUAAAGAGACCAGGCAUCUUUAAAGAACAAGUUGACUGAGAAUCUACAGCAGCAUACAACGAUUUGAAGAACAGACUGGAAGAAUUGUAAUUUCAUUCCUUUUUUUUUAUUGUUGAUAUGUAAAUCGUGUAUAUAUUUGUACAGUUUAAAUUAAUUUAAAGAAGUGCAUUUUUUCCAGUGCUUUAAAGUUUAAUAUUUUUUUUCAACAUUAUUUUUUACUGUUUUGUUGAGAAGUGUGACAAAAAUGUUACAUGUUUCACUGUGUAGCUGGGAAUAAAAAUUUUAUAUUUUUUUACACAAAUGA